AUGAGCGGCGACUCUAGGGUUUCGGAUACGUGCGAGGAGGAUGCGAACAUGACUGAGGCGGGCCGUCCACCAGGGGAUCCGCCGGACGGGAGGGGUGUCUGGGUGCAAAAGGUGGUCGGAAGCAAUGCUGGUGGAAUGCCUAUCCCAGAGGAAGUGGUGCCGCAUGAGUUUGUAAAAACUCAUACGAAGUUGACGUUUCCGGAUGGUUUGAAUGGAGAACCGGUGAUUACGGUUGGUCGUGAGGUGAUGGAGGCGAUGAAUGGUUUAUGGAAGAAGUAUAUGGUUGUGAAGGUGCUGGGAAGGAGUCUGUCUAUCGCGGUGUUAAGUCGGAAGUUGAAGGAGAUGUGGCGUCCACAGGGGGCGAUGGUGGUGACUGACCUUCCGCGCCAGUUUUUUGUGGUCCGGUUUGAGUUUGAAGAGGAGUAUAUGGCGGCGUUAACCGGUGGACCAUGGAAGAUGUUUGGGAGCUAUUUGAUGGUACAAGCCUGGUCACCGGAUUUUGAUCCACUACGUCAUGACAUUGUCACAAUGCCGGUUUGGAUCCGCUUAUCGAAUAUUCCGAUGAACUUGUAUCAUAGUUCCAUUCUGAUGAUCAUAGCGGAAGGGUUGGGGAAGCCUAUUAGAGUGGAUUUGACGACUUUGAAGUUUGAUAGAGCUCGGUUCGCACGGGUUUGUGUGGAGGUGGACUUGUCACAACCUCUGAAAGGGACGGUUUUGAUAAAUGAGGAGCGCUACUACGUCUCUUAUGAAGGUUUGACGAACAUCUGUUCUGGGUGUGGAAUGUAUGGCCAUUUGGUGCACACAUGCCCGCGGAUGAGAGUUGAGGCGGGAAGAGAGGCGAGGCAAACGAGUCCUUCGGAGUCAAGGGAAGUAACCACGGAGGGGGAGAAUAAUACGGGAGUGGGACGUAAAGGUCAGAUCCAUGGUAAUGAUGGUUUCACGGUGAUACGACGGCCAGCACGACGGACAGUAGAGAAGGAGCCGCCGUCUAGGGCAAUGGGAGAGACGGUGACGGGGAAUAGCCAAGAAAGGAAUGUUGGAUCGAUUGGGAAUAUUACGGGUUCCGGGAAUAUUGCCAUUUCUAAUCGUUUUGGUGGAUUGACAGAAGAUGCGGAAGGAAAGGAGAGCGGAGAGGUUAUGGAAACUAAUGAGGAGAAUAAGGAGAAUGAAGAGGUUGGGAAUAUUCCACGGAGUGUGCGUGUAUUCCAAGUUAAGGAAACAAUAUCGUCGGGCAAGGGGUUACGUGCACAAGGAGGAGGAGAGGCGAGGAAGUUAACUGGGCUGCGAAGUGGGAAAGGGGCUGGGCCAAGUAGUAAGGGCCCAAAACAGAAUAAGCCCACGAGGGGGUUAGUCUUUGGACCGGUUCUUUCGAAUAGAGAGAUGCCGAAUCCAGGGAAACGACUUCGGACAGAGGAUGAGUGUACGGGUAGGGCGGGUGGCUCGUUUUCUCCUGUGAGUCGUUCUCAGUCCUCAGCAGAAGCGUUAUUUGAAACACAUGCGGAGGGGGAAAGAGCUGGUCGGAUCUGUCAGAGGUUGGGAUUCGAUCAUUCUUUUCGUGUUGAUGCGACGGGUCAGAGCGGGGGGAUUUGGCUGUUGUGGAGGUCGAGAGUUGGGCAAGUGGAGGUUGUUAACUCGUCGAACCAGUUUAUUUAUGCGAAAGUACGGAAUGGGGACGACUGUACAAAUUUGGUGGCUGUGUAUGCGGCGCCAACAAGUGGAUGA